AUGGCCAGGCUCUCAUGUUUUUCCGCUGCUUUCUUUCUCAUCUUUGCCUUGAUCUGUACCGUUGAUGUCAUGGCUCAGAGUCCGGGGCGUGCUGAUGGAAGUGUUCGUCCAACCGGCGGUGAGGGAUCACUUCGCGCUGAACAAUGCGGAGGGGCAUGUGCAUAUCGAUGCUCAGCAACUUCACACAAGAACCCAUGUAUAGAAUUCUGCAACAUGUGCUGCAAGAAGUGUCUAUGCGUUCCAUCAGGCACAUAUGGACACAAGGAAGAAUGUCCAUGCUACAACAACUGGAAGACCAAGGAAGGAGGCCCCAAGUGCCCAUGA